AGGUGGCAGUAGAGAGCUCACCGCUGUCAGUCCUCCUCCAGUGAAGAAGAGCCACUUCCUGUUGCGUCAUCGGACUCAAACACUCUUCGACAUGUCGGGACUUCUGAGCACAGCUGUCCGCCGCGCUGUCCCCGUCCUGCGGACACAAGCCGCCUCUCAGAGGGCUCAUCUGUACACCAGGCCGGCCAAGGAGAAGAUCGGUCCACUGGAAACCGUGGUUGCAAUGGGCAUGUUCAGCUUGGCCAUCCUGGGACCGUCGGGAUGGAUCCUGGCCCACUUGGAGGACUACAAGAAGAAAGACUAGCGUGGACCUUUGAACUGUCUCGUCCCGGCUGUCUGCAGUGUCUGUCCUGAUGGGACCAGCAGGAAGUUCCCCUGCAGAGAGGAGCAUGGACCACACUGCAGCUGUGACUGCUGGAUUCUGCACCACGGACACACACCUGCUGCUUCCUCAACAUCCACUGGGAUUCUGUUGUAAAUGUUCCUCUUACACCAAUAAAUGUUACACUCUCUGAGCUGA